AUGAGAGCGAACGGCCGCCCCAAAAUUGACGAGAUUUUACCUACAUCAGGCAUUCUGUAUAAAGAAGUGAUUGGCUCUGGAAGACGACAGUACUUUCAUGGGUUGGAUUUGCGCGGCAGCAACCACAAGGGCCGGCAAGUCCAUGUCGGCGAUGUAGUGGUAUUGGAUUGUCCCGAAUCGGACGACUCGAUUCCCAUGCCUCCGGAGCCACCCAACAGGGUGGCACGUCCGUGGUAUCCUUUGGAGAAUCCGUGGAAAGUGGGUCUGAUUCUGGCGCUCUGGAGUUAUCAAGAAAGUGCGGAGAGUGAGGAAAAGUAUGAGAUGAGUAUUGCCUGGUUGCAUCGAUAUUAUCACGUCACAAAGCACAAGGAGGCGCUUCGGAACCAAGUCAAAGAACUUAUGCACAUCAAUUUGAACAAAUUCUUGUUGAUCGAAUCGGAUGACGUACAAGACGGUGUGUCGGCCGAACGAAUCAUUCCGGACAAGUGGUGUGUUCCCAAAGCUACCGUCGUUGCUGAAGAAACCCCCGCGGUGGACAACGGAAAAGAAGAAGCUGGAAACACAUCAUGCUACGAGGAGGCUCCAUUUGAUUGUCCCGAGGAUACCUAUUGCACCAGUUGGAAUGAUGGAUGCAACGAAUGUGGGUGCGGAUCUCCUGAUGGAGCUGCAUUUUGCUCUAUGAUGAUGUGCCCUUGUUAUGAUGACAACAGUUGUGUUCCUACGUGCAAUGACAAUGACCAGUGUGUUCCGAAAGCUACUGGAACCGCUUCUGCUGCUUCCGACGAAACACCCGAUGUGGACAAUGAUGAAGACGAAGAACCACUUCCCACACAUCCAUUUGAUUGUGCCGCAGGAUCCACCUGCACGGAAUGGACCGAUGGUUGCAACAACUGCCGCGCGGCUGGUGCCGACAAUGCUUUAGCGGCAUGUACCGAGAAGUACUGUCCUUGCUACGACGAUGACAGCUGUGUGCCAGUGUGCUUUGACAAUGCUCUUUGUGUGCCAGCCACUGUAUUAUUGAGCAGCAAUGGCGUCGCCUCGUUCGUGGUUGACUGGCUUCCUGUCCUGCUUGUGCCCGCUGUAGCAUUGGGUUUGUAG